GAGAUAGCGUAGGGCGUGCGAGUGAGAUGCCAGCCGCGCCCCGUCCGAGCCAUCCGGAAGCCUCGCUGAAACUGGACCGUUUUCUUUUCUUGUUAUUAUUGAGAUCGGCUCUCAAGUUCUGUUGUUGUCGCGCGGCGCGCCGCUCGCGCUGAUAACGCGAUGCCACGCCGGCCUGCACACGCGCAUGCUUAGCUUUAAGCUCGCUCGCUCUAUCUCAACCCCAGUGAUGGAAUGGAUAUUCGAUGUUCUGUGGUACUGACUUAACGGAUAUUGUGAUUGAAUUUUUUGAAGUUGGAACGUAGUGAUAACAGUGAAAACAAUUUGUGUUUUAAUUAACUCUCGCAUUAUAUUAAGGAUUAUCGGACUUUUUUUAUUUUAAUAAUAAUAGUGUUAUUCGAAUUAGAAUAAUAAGUACAGCUGAAGGAUAAUAUCAAGUCAUUUUCUUCUAAAAAGAGUACAAAAUACGCCGCCAAACUGUCUACCGCAAAUGAGAUUAUCCCCGGUUUCCACAUCCAAGCGCUAAUAGGUCGGUGGCGCACGAGCCCGAUGAGCGCGUGCGCGGCGGCCGCCAUGCGCGAAAAGCACGCGGCGCCGCGCCGCCUCGCCUCGCCGCCCUCUUCGCCUCUUGAGCGCCAUCCCAGCCCUCUUGGCUCCCCACGUGCUGAUGAACCUUUGGACCUUAGAGUAACGCACAAGCGUCCACCUCGGUUAGAGGAUGAAAACUGCAACCUUAUUGUUCCUUCGCCUCCUCCGCACCCGACACACCCAGCUCAUCCAGCGCAUCCAGCGUUGCUACAAUUCUGUAGAAGACUUCCCUUAGCACUACCGGCGUCGUUUGGUCGCUACCCAUUCCUACCGGCUGCUGCUGCGACCCUUCUUGCACCCGGAGCUCCGAGAGCCCCUCCAGUUCCUCAAAAUCCCGGAAUAAAUAGAGCACGUGACCGUUACACAUGCUCCUAUUGUGGAAAAGCGUUCCCAAGAAGUGCAAACUUGACAAGACAUUUACGGACACACACAGGCGAGCAACCUUACCGUUGUAAAUACUGUGAACGAUCCUUCUCGAUAUCUUCAAAUUUACAAAGACAUGUGCGAAAUAUUCAUAACAAGGAGCGACCUUUCCGAUGUCGUCAUUGCGACCGUUGUUUCGGUCAGCAAACGAAUCUGGACAGGCACCUUAAGAAACACGAAGCAGAAAACGGAGACGACAACCGUCGAAGAUCUCCAGAAGAGACCUACUUCGAAGAGAUAAGGUCAUUUAUGGGACGCGUGGCACCAAAUCGCCGCGCUGCUACGGCCGCUAGUGUCGCGGACCAUACCUGAUAGUGACUCAAGGCAUAUUCCACUGUACAAUAAUCUGGUCGAUACAUCCAAAUGACUGUUAUAUAUAAUUACAACUGUACGUCAUUCACUACGUGAGUUGAUGCUUGAUCAUUUGUGAGCUGCGAAGUAAAAUAAUACCUUUAACAGUACAAUAUGUAAAUGUAAUUAUCUGUUGUGUAAAGUUCCAUGACAGUGUAUAUGUAUUCAAUAUUCUUAAACGUUACCGCAUCUUUAAACUCUCACAAAAUGACCCAAUCAAAUGCAACGAAUUAACAUCGUGUCGGCUUUAAGGUUAUGAGGAAGUUAUAGGUAUACUUUAUGUAAAUAUGAAGCUAUUGUUCAAAGUAGUUUAGUUAGAACGCGUACCGAAUUUUUACUACCGAUAAAGUUAUACGAGCUAGAAUUUAUUUUAUAUUCAUUGUGCAUAAAAGACGUAAAUAGGUAUCUUUAUAGGAUAAGUGUUCAGAGUGUUCGCUAUUUUAGAUAUAGAUAUAAAGAUUAAAUCGUAUGGAUGUAAGUAGUCUUUUGUAUUAUUAUUUUUUUUUUUUUGUAAAUUUUGCUUCAUUUGAUGUUGUAUAUUAGUGUUUUAGUCUGAGAGGAAACGCCGGUUACCAAUAAACAUAUAACUUGUUGCUUAUUGAAGAUAUAAAUAAUUUUAUAAAAUGUUAGAAAACUUGUUUAAAAAUGAUCUGAUCAGUGAAUAUUAUUUUAAUAUAUAAUACUGUGUGUUGGAUAAAUUAUUUAAGUUUAAGGCGAAACCACAGAGUACGUUUAUUAGAGUUGGACGUCGUAACGCCCUGAUUGUUAUGUUUAAAAAUAUUACGCAAAUUAAAAGUACUUGUUUAUAAUUCUGAGAUUUUAUAUAAUAUAUAUUAUAAAGUGUUUUGUAAAACGAUAAACAAACGUACCGUUUGUUUUCUAUCCUUAUACUAAAUUAAGAUAAAACAACUGUGAUUUUAUUUAUUACUUGGCUGCAAUUGGAUCCGUGUAUAUGAUUAUUGUAUCAAAUAUAUUGACGAAAGUCUCUCAAAGAACUAAUGUAAACGUUCCUUUAAGUAUAGAUAGAUCUCUAUUAUUGUUACGAGUAUGAAGUAUUUAAUAUUUUAUAUUAUGAUUCCAUUUUCAAACUUCCUAAAAUAUCUUUAUGCAUAUACAUAGUAUUGACUGUCAAUAACAACUGAUGUGUAAUAUAAUAAAAAAGUAUUUUCUAUUAAUAACAUAAUAUGUAUUGUUUUCAUCGAAUAAGUAAGUAAUAAUAAAACUAUAU